ACAGCUCGACUGUGCAGAUAUUGCGCUGUUAGCUGUAUGAAGCACGUUUAGCACGUUUAGCGUAAAGUAUGACGAUCCUGUGGAACUAACUCUUGUGCGGAAGGCGGUGCAUCAAAUGUACUGUAGCGUUUAGUAUGUCUUAAAACUGUUUAGGCCUACAAUAAAUAAAUUACAUGUAACUAGCGUAUAACAUAAAUUAACAAUUGAAAUUGCAAACGACUACAUACUUUGUGGAAUCACGACUUGAAGAUUGAAGAUGACUCUGCAGUGGACAGUAGUAGCAACCUUCCUAUACAUUGAAAUAGGUGUUCUUCUGAUUCUAUGUUUGCCAUUCAUAUCUGCACAGAGAUGGCUGAAGAUUUUCAAAUUUAGAAUAUGGGGUCGAGUUGCCCCCUAUUGGAACAAAGGCUUCCUCACAAUGAUUGUUGUUCUGAUUGUACUCUUUCUCGAUGCUGUUCGAGAAGUGAGAAAGUACUCGGGUACAGACGCCAACAAAGAUGCCAAGCUUAACCCAAAUAUGUUUGAUCACCUCCACAUGAAGCUAUUCAGGUCUCAGAGGAACCUUUACAUUUCAGGAUUCUCCCUUUUCCUAUGGCUCACCCUAAGACGUGUAGUGACCCUCAUUACACAACUUGCCACUGCACAGGGAACAAGUGAUGCCUUACAGACUCAGGCAGAAAAUACAAAUGCGGCUGCUAAGAAAUACAUGGAAGACAAUGAACGAUUAAAAUCGGCUUUAAAGAAAGGAAAAGGAAAUGAAGGUGAAAACAUUGUGGAGGAUGAACGCAACAAGCUGAAGGAAGAAAUUGAAAAGCUGAAAGAUGAACUUAAGAAAACAUCUGAAGCUCUGACAAAGUCAAAGAAUGAAGUGGAGGCAGUGAAAAAGCAAUCGGAUGGCUUGGCUAGAGAAUACGAUCGACUCCUGCAGGAACAUGAAAAGAUUCAGAAUCUUGCUGAAGCAAAGAAUAACAAGAAGGACCACUAGAGUCUGAAGAUUUUACUUUAUAUGGCUGUUUAACUUGUUACAGGUUUGAUUGUUUUACAUUUGACACAAAAUGGGACAAAACACAAGCCAAAUAACUAAAGGAUGAUUUCUGCUUUUGCUUUUUUGUGGUCUACACAGUGCUAAAGUGUGCAUAAAUGUUUAAAAGGUUUAAAUGAAGAGCAAAUUUUAAUUAAAUUAUAGUUUGUUUUACAGUACAUUUGUGCUCUUCAGAUAUCAGGAACCACAUUAGAUUUAUUUUUUAAUGUAUUGUUUGCAGUGGAUUUUCUUUUGUUAUGUUUUUGUUACAAAACUGUAAAGAUAAAGUUAAUUAUGUUUAAAAUACACUGUGAAUUAGUUGGAAUGUAGUUUAAAAAGUAAACAUUUUUGAGAGGUCUGGUUUAAUGGCCUCCGAAGAAAGUGCCAAACAGCUUGUGUUCAACCCAGCUGUCUUUUCUAUUUACUAAUAAGAUUGAUAAUAAAAUAAUAAGAUUGAUACACCAACUAUAAUAUUAUUAAUGUUUGUAAUGCAUAGACUCAUAUUGUUUGACCUGCGCUUAUCUUCUAGUUCUAUAAAUACAACAAAGAGCAAAUUAUUAAAAAAUGUAAAUGGUUUGAAAGUAUAUGUAACAAUAUUCUUUUUCAUAAUAUAAAACAUAUGAACUAUUUUUCAAAUAAAAACAAGUGCUGUGUUUGUAAAAAA